AUGCUCGUACUGAAAUCUCUCGUCAUGUACCUCAUCGCGAUUCAAACCGCCUCAAUCCACAGUGAUCAAACGUGUUCACUUCACCGGCAGCGCAUCAAACAUCGUUUCCAUGCACUUCGCCACUGUCAACGGUCCAACCGUACCAUAAUCGGACUAAUCAACGUCAAAAGUGUCGGCGAAUGUGCGGAAUACGCUCGGAAAAAGCACGGAAUGGCAUUUAACUUCGGGCCCAACGAUCGCAAUGAGACCAAUUUGUUCGAUGUACUCAGGGCCCAGCAAGCCGCCAAAUCCAAUCAAUCCAGCGUUCCUCCCAAAGGAACGGAUACAAUCACCACCGAUCCGGAGGAGUUCUUCAACUGCCAGGUGUUGGAAUGUCCCGAGUAUCGGAAUUUGUCGACGAUUGUGAACGAUACGCGCUUCGAUUACUACAGUGUGUACACACGGGAGCCACCUUCGGAAAAUGCCACGUGUCUACCCUCGGUGGGAAUGUUCGUGAUCGACGAUCGUAAGCUGAACUACUCCCAGGCGUACAACGAAUGCCGCUCGAUGGGCGGUAGUUUGGCUCACGUGGCCAGCGAAGUGCGAACCAAUCAACUGACGAAGAUGCUGAUCCAGGAGUUGAACAGAAAGAAUGACACCAAGGCGGCUUCAACUGGUAAUAGAACUAUGGAAGGAGCUUAUGUGGGAUUGAACGAAACCAUUAGAGGAGCAUUCAUAACAUCCGGAAGUGAACCGUUGGAGUGUUUCCUGUACCGAGCAUGGGCUCCGGGACAUCCUAGUAAAACUCGCCAACCCGGUUGCGUAGCCAUAACGCCCAACAACUCCUGGACCGUCAACAAUUGCAACAAACCACUCCGAUUCAUCUGUGAACUACACACCACAGGGCCUCCAAAGUUUAAACCUUCGCUGCAACGCAAGUGCUCCCUGAAACGGCCCAACAAUCGCAUCGCUCCAGGACGGCAUGUCAUCACCACACCUUGAAGAAAACCCGCUCUAAGAUUGUUCCAUUUAUUCAACGAGCUUAGAUUGUAGAAAGUAAAUAAUAAAUAUAAAAUAAUCUUUGGUAAUUCUCGGUUCCCUUUAAGCUACAAACGGUGUUCGAUUCAAUGCAGCGAUUUAGAGCCUGAAGAGAAAGUAUACAGCCUACAUGAACGAACAUCUACUAAGCGAUCAAAUCCUCAAUAUUGUUGUGCUACGCUAAAAAGUAUUAUUGUUUCCGAUUGCAUCACGUCACGUGACUUCAUUUCUCUAAAUUCAACAUCUCGGUAUACAGUUCGAAAAAACAUAUUGCUUCUGAGUAAGCGUAAUUGAAUAGUUUGGCCGAUUUGGAUGAUGAUGAUGAUUGAAACAAGAACGUUUUCGAUUUCAAAUACAUGCUCAGCAAGUAUACAAGUACAGUGAACUCCAGCGCAUCAGUUCAGCAACAGCACCCGUCGUGAUUUAGUUCCAUUGUGUGUAUGUGUGU